AUGGCGUUAGGCUUCGGCAGCAAAAAUAAAAAGGUCGACGAUGGCGUCGACUCAACCACUGCUCUUCCGCCGCCUACUGGCGCACACGCCUUGUCCAACAGCAGCAGCAGGCCAGGGGAGAAGUCCCCCAUACUGGACGAUGACAGUCCUUUCGACCUGGAGCACGGAGAACGUCGCCGCUCCAGCCGCAUUGGGGGGCCGGUGACCAAGCCCAUCGUCCCCGGCGACACGUCCGACUCGGACAGCAACAUCAGUGUGGGCAAGCAGAUUGAGCUCGAGGCUUCGAAUGCGAUCAAGUAUCGUACGUGCAGCUGGCCUAAGACGGCGGCACUGCUCUUCUCGGAGUAUAUCUGCUUGGCUAUCAUGUCCUUCCCAUACUCGUAUUCCGUCCUUGGACUGGUUCCAGGGUUGAUUCUGACUGUCGUUGUCGCGGCCUUGGUGCUGUACACUUCGUUGAUUUUAUGGGAAUUUUGCUUGAAACAUCCCGAAGUCAAAGAUGUUUGUGAUAUCGGCCAGAUGCUCUUUUUCAACUCAAGAGUGGCAUGGUGGUUAACUGGCUUCAUGUUUAUCCUGAACAACACUUUCAUCCAGGGCCUCCAUUGCCUUACUGGCGCCAACUACCUGAACACAAUGUCUAACCACGGCAUUUGCACCAUUGGUUUUUCGGCGAUCGUUGCCGUUAUUUCCUGGAUUUGCUCGCUUCCGCGCACAUUUUCCACCCUCGCUAAGCUUGCCACGGCCUCGGCAUUCUUUACCUUCAUUUCCGUGUUGCUUGCGACCAUAUUCGCCGGUAUCGAGGACCAUCCGCAAGGCUAUCCCUCCAAAGGAGAACCUAUCGUCCUGGCCAUCCCUGCCAAGGGCACCACUUUUGUCGCCGGAAUGAACGCUUUCAUGAACAUCAGCUACACCUUCAUCGGACAGAUCACGAUCCCGUCCUUCAUCGCCGAGAUGAAGAACCCUCGGGAUUUCCCGAAAGCCCUCUGGGCCGUGACGAUCGCCGAAGUCAUCGUUUUCAGUCUGGUCGGCGCGAUCGUGUACGCGUAUACGGGCACCAACUACAACACGGCGCCCGCGUUUGGUUCGCUGGGCAACGAGCUGUACAAGAAGAUCAGCUUCAGCUUCAUGAUUCCGACCAUCAUCUUCCUAGGCGUGUUGUAUGCCAGCGUGACGGCGCGCUUCGUCUACUUCCGCCUGUUCUCGGGCACGCGGCACAUGGGCAAUCACACGGUAGUGGGAUGGGCGUCGUGGGCGGCCAUUCUGGGCUGCACGUGGGUACUGGCUUUCAUCAUCGCGGAGGUGAUUCCGUUCUUCUCAGACCUGCUGAGCUUGAUGAGCUCGUUGUUCGACUCGUUCUUCGGCUUCAUCUUCUGGGGCGUCGCGUACUUCCGCCUGCGCAGAAUCGAGUAUGGCCCCGACUUCUGGCGUAGUAGGGGCUGGAAGGGCUACUGUGGAUUCUUCUUUAACGUGAUCUUAAUCUGUAUCGGCCUGCUGUUCCUCAGUGGAGGCACGUAUGCCUCGGUGCAGAGCAUCAUCCAAGGGUACGAGACGGAUACGUUUGGGGGUGCGUUUACGUGUGCUUCGAAUGGCAUAUAA